AUGGACUUAGUACGCAUUACAACCCCCCUGAGCUGGCUCCUGAGCCUCGUGGCAUUCUUCUCUCUAUUGGUCAGUACGAAAGAGAAUUUCCUGUUCGCGGUACUAUUCUGUUUUCGCUACAUCCGGCUGAUUGUACACGUUCUGUCAUUCUACUGCGUCUACAAACCGACCCCCCUUCCCGUCAACCCUACCCUGAAGCCGAGCGAUUGCACUAUCAUCAUCCCAACGAUUGAUCCCGAGAACGCCGGUUUCUUGGAGUGCAUUCGUACUGUUCUACAGAAUCAGCCUGGGGCUAUCAUCAUCGUCACGGUUGGCAACGCGAAAGUCAAGCUGGUUAAGAAAGUGGUCAAGCCAUUUCGCAGGAGCUGGCCCUCAACCACCAUCUCCGUCACGCAGACGGAUGUAGCUAACAAGCGCAGACAAGUGUGCCAUGCACUACCUCAAGUCAAAACGGCUAUCACUGUCCUCGUUGAUGACCAUGUCUAUUGGCCAAGUUUGGAUUUUCUUAAAACCAUCUGUGCUCCAUUCGAGGACAGCAAGGUUGGUGGACUUGGUACCAACAAGGUCGUUCGUCGGACUGGAUCCGGUUGGGGCAUGAACAGCAUCUUCAACUUUCUGGCAUGUGUUUACCUUGAAAGACACAACUUUGAGCUUGCCGCCACGAAUGCAAUCGAUGGUGGCGUCUUCGUACUUUCCGGUCGCACGUCCGCUCACCGCACCUGCAUUCUCCAAGACCCCGAUUUUCUCGGCGGGUUUGCGAAUGAGUAUUUCUUCUUUGGCAAGCUCGGUCCCAUCAAUCCAGAUGAUGACAAUUUCAUCACCCGCUGGGAGGUGAAGAAGGGCUGGAGGAUCAAGAUCCAAUACUGCGAGGAUGCUACCAUUGAGACUGAACUUGGAUCUCCAGGUAAGUACAUGUCUCAGUGUCUACGCUGGGUUCGCACGACUUGGCGCUCGAAUAGCUGCUCGCUCUUCACUGACCGUACUGUCUGGUAUGCUCAGCCCUGGUGCACCUACAGCGUCUACAUCAGCAGCUUCUUCAACUUUGCGCUGUUCUACGACGCUGCGCUAUUCUACACGCUUAGGCGCACGACUUUCGGUGGCACCUGGACUCCUACACUCGUCAUGGCUACCUGGGUUUUCGCCAGCAAGAUGGUCAAGUUGAUUCCCCAUUUUCGGAGAUGCCCUGCUGACCUCAUGUUGAUCCCAGCGUACAUCUUGUUUGCCUACAUCCACAGCUUCUACAAGCUCUACGCCCUCUUCACAUUCUACAAUGUUGCCUGGUCUGGGCGCAACCUGGCCGCGGUUGAUGCUGAUGCACAAAUUGACGGCUCUAGUAGUGACGACAGUGAUCAGGACGAGGAGAACAAUGACGGAAUUGAGGCUGGGGACUUUUCCGGCAAGCACUGCACGUGA